AUGUAUUUGCGGAUUUUAGACAUACAAAAAGGCGUGCAGAAUCCCUUUGUUCUAGCCAAAUCCCCUGGUGAAUCGAAGGGCCUGAACCUCUACAUAGCGCCCCUGCCAAAAGACGCCAUAGAAAGGAUAAAGAAACAUGGGAAACCAAAAGUUUCAGCAAGGAAACGAUUAGAAGGCAAAAAUAUUAAUUCGAUUAAAUCCAUAGAUAGGAUAGAUACCGGAUUCCAUAUGCACAAUUAUAUAGUAAAGACCAAAAUGAAGUUUUAUAGAUCCAACCAUAACAGCAAAAAUUCCGCCAACAAGUUUAUCAUAUCGAAUAUUUCAUGCGAAGAAUCAGAACGCUGGGACCAAUUUGACGCCAAAGUGACAAAAUUUGGCAAGAAGGGGUUCCAGUGCAUAUCAUUCUCCCACAAAGUCAUUCGCGCCCACUGGAAACCAGAGGAGACAAAAAAUAAACCAAAUAGAGGGAAAUUUGAAAUUAGGAACUUUGGAAUACCUAAGCCACAGGGUUCUUUUGUUGUUCUAACGUCUGAUGGGGUUUUAAGGCUCUUCGUAAUACGCAACGGCAAGUCACUUUCGUCGCUCUCCAUUACCAUAAACCAACACAGCCCCAGGCGCCUGAGGUGGAUAUGGGUGGUAGAUGAAUGCAAAACCAAAAAAGAAGCCAUUAAAUACCCAAUAAACGACAAAUUUGAUUUCUCAGAUCUAAUAGUCUGGAGCACUCAAUACUACGGAGGUGGGAUUGUCGGAAUUUAUCGCAUACGCGGAAUAGACUCCGCAAACCUCCACGUAUGGGCCGACUGCAUUUUGACUGCUAACUCUGUCAACCUGAAAUUGUGCGGGAGGGGGAUCACCAAGGCCACGUACAGCUGGACUGGCAACAAGUACAUCGCCUGUCGCAUAGUGGAGAGCAGGGAACAAAUCCAGGACUGCAGCGCCAGCGGAGAGUGGGUCAUGCUGAUCCAAAAUGACGAUCUACGAAACCAGUACCAGGGACGGGCAUUCUCUAGGAUCCUUCCGCCCGUAGCCCUCACCCUCGCCGGAAGGCACAACCGAGUCAAGGUCAUAAUCACUCCAUACGCACUGCUCAAGGGCACAGGAACUGGCAUUGGGGUCAAUGCCAAAAUGAGCAGUUGCAGCCAAAUGAAAGAUAUAAAAUAUGGCGUAUACACUAUGUCUACAGUGACAGCGCGCGUGGACUCGGACUCCCUUGCCUCACUUUGUGGAAUAAGUGGCUAUAUAAAGUCGAUUUUACUUGAAAAUCACAUGGAUUACCGUAGCACGGUUGUUGUUUUAUACCCUAACUCGUUGCACGUCUGCCUUAUGGAAUGCCUUAACCCCUGCCAAACUCUCUACCUAAACGCCGUGAACCUGGCCCCCUGGUGUGCCCACGUAGCCGUUGAUAUAUCCGCAGUUACACUUGGGCAAUUUUCAUUGAUCGCCGUCCUUUCUGGAGAUACCGUGGCCCUUUUUUCCCUAAAGAGGGACCUUUCUCUUCACAAUUUGUGCGUUAUUGACGUGGGUACUGGGGAGGGCAAACGAAGCGUCUUCAAAUUGUGGUGCGUGGGCCCGGAAGCGGCAACGCUACAGGUUAACUCCUCACUGGUAUCGUUGUUCGUGGCGUCUGAGGGGUCAGCUGGCGCCGAAGGCGCAGGCCUAAAUAUAGUGCGCCACGAGUACACCUUUCCCCCGCUCAUGCCAGCGGCAUCGGCAUGCGGAUGCAACCAUUUCGCCAAUGCAAACCAUUUUGCAGCUGCACUUGUAAAGUUUGGCCAGUUUUCCCUUCUCAGAAGAUUUCUGCAGCUACAAAAUUCUAAUAGCCACAUCUUCUCCUUCGAUGUCCUGAGGAUGAUGGCCAGCGCCGGCGGUCCUUGUGGCCGCCCCGCCGUUGACGGGAUAGCCAAGUUCUUCACGGAAGUUCCCUGGGACGAUGCGGACUUUCGCGACGUGGACAUGAAUGCCUUCCUAGGCAAUGGUGUCCAAAACAAAAGGGCGUCAUUCGUUGGAUCCAGCUUCGCCUCGGCACAAUUUAAGCUUAUGGCUGCCGUCAUUGGUAACUCCGAUCAAGAUUGCUUCCCAUUCCUCUCCAACGCUAACGGAGAAACAACCUCUCUGGCCUAUUGGGCCCGAAUGUACGGCCGAGAUAUAGAACUUGUCGAGUACUUGGCCUCAGCGUUCACGGGCAGGGACGACGUGUUUACGCUCGUACACAGACUGCAAGUGGGACAGUGGGUCUCUAGCGCUCCUGCGCUCGCAAAACUCGCGGAUUGGGUCAUAAAGGAACUGGUUCGCAUUGUAAAGUCGCAGGUGGAUACCCAGAACGACGCCAUGGACCACCUGGGGCUCUGGUGCAUAGCAACCAAUAAAGUGCGCCUCUUCGCAUCGCUGACCAGACUCCAGAAGAAUGAAAAGCUGGCCAACUUUUUACUGAACGAUUUUUCAGACCCACAGUGGAGGGCAAAUGCGGAAAAAAAUGCAUUUGCCUCAAUCUCCAAGCAGCGUUAUCACAUUGCAGUCGGGUUCUUCAUCCUUGCGGAUAAGUGGGAGGAGGCCGUCUCACUGGUUGACCAGCGCAUCAACUGCCAAUCAUGGUCGCUUUUGCUUAAAAGGCUCCGUCCAGACGUCCCUUUUCACGCCCCCAACCCCGACUCUGACCCCAACGAGGCGUCCUCCUUUAACUUCAUCACCGAGGCGCAUGAUGUCUCCGUGCAAAAGUUACUCAACUUUGCCGCCACGUUUGGGCCGUAUGCCCUCUAUUUAGUGGCGACGCGGUUCGGUGUCGACUACUUCAAGCCGUUGCUGGUACAACUCCUCCUACCCGUUGAUUUGGUGCAGCUUGUCGAGUCAGCUGACUGGCCCACGGCCGAGGCGAUCUUGGAUUGCCUGCCAGAGUGCGCCCAUCUGAACCUGCCAACGGUCCCCCUUGCCACGGUCGGGCUAGCCCACGGGCUGUGGCACAGCUCUCCCAAGCGCUUGGUGCACGCGCUGAAGACCGCCGCUGUCGCGCUCUACAUUUGCCACGGCGCCAAGAGUGCCACAGGACAGGGGAUGGACAUUGCUCUCCUCUGCCUGGUGGCGGCCUUGGCCGUUAUCUCAAACGGAAAUCUGUCCAAUAUGAAAAGUUCGCAGCGGCUCAUCUCACUGGCCGAGCGGGCGCUCGUAGGUUCCGCGGACAUUUGUGAAUCAAUCCAUCUUUUGUGGGACAUAACAGAAUCUCCAAACUGCUCCAGUUCAGCGCAUUUUCUGGGCGUAUUCGAAUUCGAUCGCUCAAUAGACUCGCUCUUCAACCUGAGGGUACUCUUCCAUGCAAUUGUGCAGGUAUUCAACCUGCUACAGGUUCUGCGGCGCCUAAACGAAAUUGACCAUCGCACUUGCGCUCCUAUUUACUCACUAAAUGUGGAAUCCUGCGACGGAGAAGACAAAAUCGAUGCGGAAGAUGUGGUGCUUGACCUAGACCACCACUUUUGCCUUGAUUCGUAUCUAUCACACAUUGACUUGGCGGAAAUAGAGAGAAUUCACUCGCCCAUUGACCUUUAUACCGAUGCCGAUGAAAGCUAUUCGGCGCUGGUUAGUGUGACCAACAGAACCUGCAACGUUUGGUUGCGCACUUGUACUAGGGACUACUUCUGCCUAGAUAUGUUGCAGCGGCUCCAAUGGGAGCUCUGUGUCUUCGCGGAUGAUUUCUCAUCAAAGCUCGUCCCCUGUGAUCCCGCGCCGUCCCCUCCCGCCGACGAUUCACUCCUCACGGUUCCCGCCGGUAAGCUGCUGGGCCUUACCAAUCAGGCACAGUUUAACGAACUAAUCUCAUUUAUAGAUGGCCCGAUGGCCGGACUGCUCUUUAGGGACUGGUCCUAUAGAUCUGAGUCUGCGGUGCCUAUGCCCUCUGAGGAAUCGUCUAAUUCUAUGUCGGCCGACCGCUGCACCAGCGGAUGUCUCUUCACCAUCUGCUCUCUGCUCAAAAAACUCAAGGGCAAAAAUAUUUCGUCCUUUAAAGGCCCCUCCGGCGUCUACUCCGCCGGAGUGCUGAGCGGCGGGAUGGCGGUCCUAGUAACCUCUAUCUCGGACCCGGAUCACCUCAGCCCAGGGGUUUAUAAGGUAGAUAUCUCACUCGCAGACUGCUUUGCCAUCCUUCAUACGCUCAAAAACUGUCAUAUCAAUGUCUCACUUUCUCGUAAUCAUGCCAGGCUAGCCAUAAUCGACUCCUUCGGAUGGAUCAACGUCUACAAAAUACCGCAGCCCCGCAACGGCCUGCUCAACUCCAAGGCGCGCGAAAAAAAUCUUACACUAUCGGGCAUCCACUGCUUCACCUUCAGGAGCGGCGAUCACGGCAAGGCCUUGACUUGGGUCUUUCGCGGGGACAACCAGGGCCCGUUGUUGGCCACCAUCACGGGCUGCCCGUCAGACAGGUCCAGAGCGGCUCUAGAUAUGGACACUGUCGGAGACUGGGUGUGUAUGGGCAAAAAUAAGUAUCCGAACGGACAGCAGCUCAGCUUCUGGCUUCUCUAUGCAGGAAGGGAAGAACCCAGUCUAGGGCUGUCCGCGGGCGUGGACUCGGACGUGGCCUUCACUUGCGUAGCCGCAACCAUAGUUGGAGAAGUCACACGGCUCUUCGUAGGGGACGAUGGUGGAUGCGUUAGGGUGUUGGACGUCUCCAAAAACAUGGUUAGGGUCUCGGGUGUAGUCAACUGCCUUGGAGAGGCAAUCGUGGAGGUCAUCUGCUGCGAGGAAUAUUUGCUCGUCAUAGGUGCGAAAGCUACUGCGAUAACGCUCCCACUAGACCUCGGUCCUGGAAUCAGCAGGGCGUGGAAGAUAGUCAGCUUGCUUGACAACUUGGAGAUGACAUGCGUUAGGGCUGCUAAGCUGGCCUCCAGUCGGCUCUUGGUGAUAUUCGGGAUGACCUGUCCGGACAGAUUGUUGAUCCACCACGCACACCUCCCACAUGACUGGACCACGCACGACUGA